AUGGGCAUCCACGACAUGGUCGAGCACGCUAAAAGCGUACAAAUCGAACGCAGCCACCACACUUCUAACAAGGAGGAGACUCAUCAGUCCGAUCUUCCUGGACAGGGUGUUACCGGCCUAGCUCCCGUUCCUGCUAUGUAUCAGGCCUCUCCCAACUCUGGCGUCUCGCUCGAGGAGUACAUGUUCUACGCUCAGAUCCAGCGCGAGCAAGAAAAGCUCUACGGAACUGCUGGUAUCUCUGUCGAAGCCGAUGCUCCCCACGUCUCUGCUUAUCUGGAGAACGCUAAGCGUGGAUCCGAUGAGAAGGUCUCCCAAUCCAGCACUUUCAUCCACGAUAAGCCGCAGGUCAACAACACCGAUGCAUCCACUUUCGACCAGCUCGAGGGUCUCUCCGAGGUUGACAAGGAAAGCCGAAACGCCCACCGAGCGAUCAAGACUGCUUCCUGGGUCGGCAUCUUCUACCUCAUCACUACCGAUAUCUUGGGUCCAUACGGUGCCCCAUACGCCAUGUCGCAGAAUGGUUGGGUUACCGGUAACGUCAUGUACAUCGUCAUGGGUUUCUGCGCUUGGUGGUGCGGUAUCAUCCUCUGGAAAUUGUUCCUCCAGCUCGAUUCCGCCCGAUAUCCUGUCAAGACCUACGGUGAUCUCGGAGAGCGCAUCGUCGGGCACCCCAUGCGAUGGACUUUCAACACCCUUCAAACUCUUCAGCUAAUCAUCAACGUCGGUCUGAUUUGCUUGACCAACGGUCAAGCUCUAAGCCAGGUUAUCAACGGUGCUCCCGGUAAUGCCAACCUCUGCUUCUCCGUCUGCGUCGUCCUUUUCUCUCUGAUCGGCAUGGCCUUCGCUCAGGUGCAGACCUUCCGCGGACUUGGCUUUGCAGCCUCGACUGCGGUUUACCAGAACAUUGCGAUUGUCAUCAUCUCCAUGGCCGCGAUCAUCAAGUACGGUCCCUACAUUGCUGGUGCUCAAGCAUCUUACGGCAAGGACUACCCUUACAACAACCAGCCAGUCUUCACCGAGGCUUUUGUCUCAUACCCCAUUAGCCAGAAAGUUAACGGUAUUAUGAACAUGGUUUUCGCUUACGGAGGAGCUAUGAUCUUCCCCGAGUUAAUGUCAGAGAUGCGUCGUCCCAUGGACUUUUGGAAAGGUAUGAUCUCUGCUCAAGCUUUGAUCUGCUCGGUCUACCUUAUCUAUGCCAACGUCGUUUAUGCUUUCCAAGGACAAUACGUGCUCGGCCAAUCCUACAACGGUAUUGCGAAAUACUCGUUCCAAACCGUAUGCAACAUGCUCGCCAUUCUCUCCGGUACUAUCGCCGCCGCACUAUACGGCAACGUUGGUUUGAAAGUCAUCUACGUCAACACCGUCCAGACUUUCUUCAAAGGUCCUGCGCUCAACUCUGCGAGGGGACGAGUGAUUUGGGCGGGAGUAUCGGUGGUGUAUUGGGCCUUGGCAUUCGUUAUUGCAAGUUCGAUUCCGCAAGUGCAGACGAUUUCGGGUUUGAUCGCGGCUAUUGCGAUUGUCAACUUUUCCUAUUCGUUCCCGUUUAUGCUUGCGCUCAUCUUUUGCAUCAAGCGCGAUGCUAUGGAGGGCGACACACCCUUCACGCCAGCAAACGAGGUGAGGAAACAGGACACUUGGAGUCAGUGGUCCAGGUGGCAGAGAGGCUUGUUCGGCGGGUACUAUGAGUACCCUCUGCUUGCCGGUAGAAUGGUCGCAAUUCCAGGUAUCGUGGUCAAGGUGGUACUGUUGAUUGUCACCUUGGGUGCAUACACACUUUCCGGUUUGGGUAUGUAUGGGUCGGGAGAAUCAAUCAAGGAAACUUUUGCAGCCGGGGGUGCUGCUACUAGUUUCGGCUGCGCUGCUCCUGUUUGA